AUGGGAAAAAGUAAGAAACAAGCUUCUAAAACCCGUUCUACUGAGAAUCCUUAUCCUUCAACAAAUGUGAACAAUGUUGUGAGAAUGCAAACACAAACAAAUCGGCUUACGGAUCCUAUGUCUCGUGAAAAUUUAAGAAAAUGUAUUGAAAUCAUCAAAACUUUAAAGCGCCAUUCUCAUACAGCUCCUUUUCUUGAACCCGUGGAUCCGGUGAAAUAUGGAAUCCCCGAUUAUUUUGACAUUAUCAAAAAGCCGAUGGACUUGGGAACAGUUCAUGCGAAGCUAAAUAAAAUAGAGUAUUCAUUUGUCAACGAAUUUAUCAAUGACGUGAAACUCACAUUCUCUAAUUGCACUCUAUACAACGGAGUUGCUCAUCAAUAUUCAAUUUAUGCCAAGCAAUUGAAUGAUGAAUUUGAUGCCUUUAUCUCCAAGUUCUUUGAGACAAAGAAUGAGAAUUUGAAAGCCCCCGCGGAGCCGUCUACUAAGGUCUCUAAUCCAGUUGUGAUCGCCAGUCCUUCCUCUCGUCCCAAAAAUGGCCGUAAAAAGAACAACGAACUCAACUUUUGUCGGAAGGUUCUCCAAGAGCUCAGAAAGCGAACACACUGGCACUACGCAUACCCAUUUUAUGAACCUGUCGAUGCGGAAGCUCUAAGAGUUCCGGAUUAUUACAAGAUCAUAACAAAUCCUAUGGACCUAUCAACCAUUGGCUCCAAAUUGGACGCAGACCAAUAUAAGAAUUCAGAAGGAUUCGAAUCAGACGUUCGUCAGAUUUUCAAAAAUUGUUAUGCAUAUAAUGAUCAAAAAAGUGAUGUUUAUAAAAUGGGGAAGAUGUUAGAGAGUGUAUUCGAGAAAAAAUGGAGCGAAAGACCAUCACCAAAUAUGGAAGAUACCAUUGAGUCCGGAAGUGAAUCGGAAACAGGCGAAAGGGAUCAUUUAAGGGCUUUACAGAGACACUUAUCCGAUUUAUCAAGUCAGAUAUCUCAGACGAAAAAGCUUACUAGUGCAAAGAGGAAAAGUAUCGCCGGUCCUUCUGUGGUUCGAUCUGGCCAGGUUCAACCGUCACAGCCUUCAGAUAAGAGCUCAAGAUCAUCCAUAAAUUCUGAAAUGUUAUCAGACGUUGAUGAAGAUGAACCUUUAACCGAAGAACAAGUAGCUGAAAUUGAACAAAAGAUCGAACUCUUAUCUGAUGAGAAGAUGAGCGAACUGAACGGUAGCGAGGGAUACGAACUCGAAAUUGAUGCACUCGAUGUUAAAACUGCUAGAAUCAUGUAUGAAUUUGUUGUGAAUUGUACAAACAAGGGCAAGGGGAAAGAAAAAGUGUCCACAUUAAAGAGAUCACGGUCUGAUGAUGAAUCUCCAAAACCGCAACCAGAAGAAGCCUAUGAUCCUCAAAGUAGCAAUUCAUCGGAAACAGAUUCCGAGGAAACAGGUAGUGAAACUGUCUAG